GCCAGGUGCGCAGAGUGGAGGCGCCCGUGAGCCCGGGGACGCGGAGGCUGCAGCAUUGGGCCGGAGCACGAGCCUGACCGAGAAGGAUCUGAAAGAGGCCAAGGCGCGGAGCCAGCAGAUCGCAGCCCAGCUGACCACCCCUCCCAGCUCCAACUCCCGAGGCGUCCAGCUCUUCAACAGGCGCCGGCAGAGGGUGAACGAGUUCACCUUGGAGAGCCACGGCCGGAGGGCACAGAAGCCCAGCCAGGAGUCCCCGAGAGUGCCCUCCCGCAGCCCCGCAGGCCAUGCCCCAGGGCUCAGCCUGAGUCCUGCCUCACUUCACGAGCAAGGCCCUCCGAGGAGCCCCAACGGCCAGAGCCCUGACCUAGGGGUCCCUGGUCACAGCAUGGAGGGGUGCUCAGAGGAAGCCAGCUUGCUGCGGCACCUGGAGAAGGUGGCCAGUGAGGAGGAAGAGGUGCCCCUGGUGGUUUAUUUAAAGGAGAACGCAGCCUUGCUGACGGCCAAUGGGCUCCACCUGUCCCAGAACCGAGAGACCCAGAAGAGUCCACCCACCCCGCCUCCAGCUGAGGUCCACAGCCCAGCUCCAGAUGUCAACCAAAACCUUGCCUCCCCCAGCGCCGCACUCAUCACACCAGCUUCUAACGGCAGCCACAACCUGCCAGCCACAGAUGUCAAUCAGAACCCAGCGGCGGCCGCCACCCCUCAGAGCCUGUCGUUUUCUAGCCUUCAGCAGAAUUCCUCGGAGGCUCAGCUCCCAGCGCCCGGCACAGUGCCAGAUUCUACACCCAGCACCCAGUGUGCUGGCGGGCAACCCCAGGAGCAGGUGAGACCCAGCACACUCCUCACCGACAAGGCGUCAGCUCCAUCGACCACCAGCAGCACCUUCCCCAGAGAAGCGGCUCCCAGCUCGGGGUCCCCAGGCCCAGACUUCAUGUCCAGCUCCCUGCUCGUCGAUGUCCAGCCCAGCGCCCCAGCGGUGUCAGCAGAACAAGAGACAUCGGGGCGGGCAGUGGCCACCACGCCCACCACGCCCACCAAGCUGUACAGCGAGGUCCACCUCACGCUGGCCAAGCCCGCAUCCGUGGUCAACAGGACGGCCAGGCCCUUUGGGAUCCAGGCACCAGGGAGCACUGGCCCGAUGGAGCGGAGCCCCAUGGUAGAGAGAAGACAUCUCGGGGGGAAGGCCCCGGCUUCCCAGCCCCCCAGCAUGGCCGACAGGAGCCCUCGGCCACAGAGACACGUACUGUCUCACAGCCCCAUGGUGGAGAGGCGGCCCAUGGCACAGCGCAGCCCCGCCUUGGAGAGACGCCCCUUGGGGAACUUCACCCCACCCCCCACUUAUGCUGAGACCUUGUCCACGGCUCCCCAGGCUUCCCGGGUUAGGUCUCCCCCCUCUUACUCUGCCUUGUACCCCAGCUCUGACUCCAAGCCUUCCCAUCUGAAAGGCCAGGCGGUUCCCGCCGGCAAGACGGGAAUUUUGGAGGAGUCUAUGGCCCGAAGGGGCAGCCGGAAAUCCAUGUUCACCUUCGUGGAGAAGCCCAAGGUGACGCCAAAUCCAGACCUGCUGGAUCUGGUACAGACAGCUGAUGAGAAGCGGAGGCAGAGGGACCAGGGGGAGGCUGGCGGGGAGGAGGAGCCCUUCGCGCUGGGGGCCGAGGCCUCCAACUUCCAGCAGGAGCCAGCACCCAGGGACAGGGACAGCCCCACCGCGGCCGAGAAUGCCGUCCCCGAGUGGGCCUCCUGCCUCAAGUCCCCGCGCAUACAGGCCAAACCGAAGCCCAAACCCAACCAGAACCUGUCCGAGGCCUCCGGGAAAGGGGCUGAGCUCUAUGCCCGCCGCCAGUCCCGCAUGGAGAAGUACGUCAUAGAGUCUUCGGGCCACGCCGAGCUGGCCCGCUGCCCUUCACCCACCAUGUCCCUGCCUUCGUCCUGGAAGUACUCCCCUGGCAGCCUCCGCGUGGCAUCCCGAAGCCCAGCUCGGACCCCACCUGCCUCCCUCUACCAUGGCUAUCUGCCCGAGAAUGGAGUCCUGCGCCCGGAGCCCACUAAGCAGCCGCCGUACCAGCUGCGGCCCUCGCUCUUUGUCCUCUCUCCCAUCAAGGAGCCAACCAAGGCCUCACCGAGAGCCGCCUCACCCGCCAAGCCGAGCUCUCUGGACCUGGCGCCCAGCCUGCCCAAGGCGACCCUCCCACGGUCACCCGCCCUGCCUCGGCCCUCCCGCUCCUCGCCAGGCCUCUACACAGCCCCCGGCCAGGAUGGCCUCCAGCCCAGUGCCGUGAGCCCCACCUACAGCAGCGACAUCUCCCCCGUGUCUCCCUCCAGAGCCUGGUCUCCCCGAGCCAAGCAGGCCCCCCGGCCCUCCUUCAACACCCGGAAUGUCGGGAUCGAGGCUCAGGACCACCGCGAGAGCCUGCCCACCUCCCCGCCCUGGACGCCAAGCGCGUCCCGGCCCCCCAGCAGCCUGGACGGCUGGGUGAGCCCACGGCCCUGGGAGCCCGGCCGCGGGGGCAGCAUGAGCAGCCCCCCACCGCUGCCUCCGCCGCCACCCAUGUCCCCUUCGUGGAGCGAGCGCUCGGUAUCCCCGCUACGACCUGAGACGGAGGUGCGGCCCCCCAGCCGCCAACUGCAGGCUCUGCUGGCCCGAAACAUAAUCAACGCGGCCCGGCGCAAGAGCGCCUCCCCGAGGCCGGCGGGCGCCGAGAGCCUGCGGCCCUUCUCCCCGCCCAGGGCACCGCUGCCGCCGCCACCACCACCGCGCAUGCGCUCGCCGCAGCCUGCCCGCCCCGGCCCAGCAGCUACCCUUGGGGCCACGUUCGCCCCAAUCCCGCGGAGCCCGCUGCUGGCGGGGCCCUCGCCCUGCGCCAGCCCCCGCAGCCCGCCCCCCGCACCGUCCAGGCCCUUCCCCUAUCGCCGCUCGCCCACGGACUCUGAUGUGUCCCUCGACUCUGAGGACUCCGGGGCGAAGUCGCCCGGCAUCCUGGGCUACAACAUCUGUCCCCGUGGGUGGAAUGGGAGCCUGAGGCUCAAGCGUGGCAGCCUCCCCACCGAGGCCUCCUGCACCACCUAAAGCCUCCCCCUUCCCAUCCCGGGAGGGCCGAGCUGGAAGAGAUCUUAGGAGAGAUCAACCUUGGGAGAUCUCAGCACCACAUCCCCAAAAGGUCUGGCCUGUUUGGACAGCCCCGGAGAUAAGGGGUCAGGGGCCAGAGCUCUGGACUUGGAGUAGUGAUCCAAGCUUGGGUUCUAGCUCUAACAUAUCAUUCAGUCCUUGUGUGAACCUGGGAAAGACCCUUCCUCUGACCCUCAGCUUUUCCAAUGAGGCUUUGGCCAAAGCAAUCUCCAAAAGUCUAAA